AUGAGGAGGGAAGAGGAGGAAGAGAGGACUAGGAUGAAGGCAAAGGGGGACUUAGAGAUGAAGGAGGAGGAGAUUAGUGAGACCGGAGAACUGGUUGACCCUUUGGUGAGUGCCACGCCCAGCCCUAUGCCCCACAAUAAGGGUACCCGGUUUUCUGAGGCCUGGGAGUAUUUCCACCUGGCUCCUGCUCGUGUGGGGCACCAUCCCAACCAGUAUGCCACCUGCCGUCUGUGUGGCAGACAAGUGAGCCGUGGCCCUGGGGUAAACGUGGGGACCACAGCCUUGUGGAAGCAUCUGAAGAGCAUGCACAGAGAGGAGCUGGAGAAGAGUGGUCAAGGUCAGGCAGAGCAGCGCCUGGACCCAAGGCCCCCAGGGUCCCUACUCCCCACGAGUAUUGAGGGUGACUGGGCCAAGAUCCUAGAGCAGGUGGGAACCCUGGCACUCUGGGCCAGCCAAAAGGAAAAGGAGAUCUUCAGGAGGGAGAGGGCAGUAGAGUGGUGGGAGAGGGCUGUGGAGAGGAGAGAGCAAGCCCUGGAGGAAGUGGAAAGGGCCAUCCUGGAGAUGAGGUGGAAGGUGAGGGUGGAGAAGGAAACCCCCCAGAGGCAGAGGGACCAGCCUUCUGCAGCGCAUCCCUUUCAUUUUGUCUAAGUCAGACCUGGGGGAGGAGCUCUAUUCAGAAAUCAGAGACUUCUGUCUCUUGGAAUCAGACUAUUAGAAUCAGAGCCAAAUGCUCUGUUGCUUCCUGCCUUAAUAUAGGGCUGACUAGUUUAGUGGGAUUAGGUUUUGAGAGAAAGCUUGAGCAUCAGGAUGGGUUUAUUUCAUCAG